AUGACCGCGCCUAGAAAAAUCGUUCUGCGCUCCGAUGAUGUCGGCUACCAUUUGGAACAUCAAGCAUUUCAGGUAAUUAUUUUGUCUCUCCAGUAUGAAUAUUUGCGCCCCGUCGAUGGACUACGUGCCUGAAAGAAUCAACGUCAAACGCUUGAUUGAUGUUGUUUUAGAGCACAAAAAAAAUUUAUACCGGGUGGUAAUUGACAAACUUAUCGACUAUUAUCGUAAAAACUAUCGUGCUUGUAAACGAUCCUGUCACUUCCUUUAACGAUAUCCCUACUCGUUUCUUGGUCAUUUUUUUUUUGAGAGAAAGGUCCCUUCCUCUAAUGACGUUAUGUUUCCUCUUUUGAAAUUUUUUAGAACAUGAGAAAGUUCGAAUCCUGGUGCUUUGAUGCACCUUUGUUAAAAAAGUGUGGAAGUGUCGUGCCUCUGAGACAUCGGCGAGGCGCUCCAAAUGAACGGACGUCCGAUCGACUGGCGUUAAAUGGAGAAACAGCCCAAGCAAACGCUUCUCAAAUUUCGGUCACCGGUAAAUUUUUCAAUUUCCGGGCGCGUGUAAACUCGGCCGUGUACGUCUACGGUCGAAUGACCGGACAUCGUUAUGCCGUUCACCGAUGGAAUCCUGAGAGACGUUUUCCUCUUUAUGCCCGGGAUGUCAGAUUCGCAGGCUGUUCACUUCUAGAGGAUUAUCGAUAUCGUCAUGGAGUAGUCUUGAACGAUAAUGAGCGUAUAACAUGGUUCGGGUCAGAGGCGGUUCCUGUUAGAUUUCUCGUCGAAAAUACAUAUUAGGCUUGAUUUCAAUUAAAUUAGAGUCGAAAUUAUCCAAAAAAAAAAGUUUAUAAAAAGAGUGUUCUGCACUCAAAACCAAAUCGCACCGAACAUAUUUUUCGGCCUUUUCAUUUUAAUUUUCCAAUAAUCUGGGUAAGAAGAACAGUUUUUCGUUCAACUUUGUUGGCUAUCAAGCCACCAGAUGUCAAAUUUGUUUGUUAAUAGUUUGUGUAAAAAAAGUGCGCACGUCAUUUUUGAAAUUUCAAAAGUGGUGAAUUCCGAUCAUUUAUAAACACAAAAUGAGCGAUAUUUCUGAAGAAGAAUUUUUUUUUUUUAUUUUAAAAUUUUAUCUAUCAUUCUUUUAGUGGUUUAUAUCGGGGCGGUAACUACGCAAACGGCGAAAAAAAUAUCAGAUGGUCAAGGUUUUUUUUUUCUUUUUUCAUCAAUAUUUUCUUCAGGUCUUUUAGUGCAUGAGACAGAUGACGGCUUCGAGCUGGUCAACCCGUGCCUAUUCAAUCUCUCAGAUUUCGAAUUUCUUUAUUCGGCUUAUCAACUUUUCUCAGUUUUCGAUCAAGAUUUAUUACUUUCGCCGGGGGCGACGCCGGUCAAGUGUGAAAAAAAUAGGCGAAACCAUGCAGCACGACGUUUAUGAUGGUUUGAUGGAGUUUACUGGUUCAGAACUGAAGAGAAAAUUUCGGAUGCCGAUGGUCAACGGAUACGGCAGGUGGAUUCACACAUCUCUGGGUGCAAUGACAAAGAAAUAGUUCCCUCAUUUUUUUUCUAUUAAAAAGUGUCUUUCAGACCUGUCGUUACUAAUGGAAACCCCAGCCAACAUGCGUACUCCCGAGCAGGCAGCCGAUCCGCCGGUUCAGGAGCAAACGCAGCAUUGAUUGUCUAGAAAUUGAGUUUUUAUUGUCAGGCGUGACUGGCAAGCGUUAUCCGAGAAUAUGCCCGCCUUUAUCGGUGAAUCUAUAUCAACGGCAUAUUCCGUGUACCAUAUGGUACUAGAGAGAGUGGCAUUACGCUCAGGGAAACCCUAAAGAAAAGAUCGGACGAUCCUAGAGGAGAACCCACCUACAUACGGUUCCCUCUCAGUCCAUCUGAGUUCAAAUAAGACAUUUUUCUCGAUUCUUUUGUUUAGAUGAGGAUAUGGACUUUUUGGAACGGCAUACUGUAGUCUUGGAACGGCAUACUGUAGUUUUUGGAAUGGCAUACUGUAGUAGACGUCGCGCAUCAAUAAAGGCCGCACCUAUUACCGUAUCCACAGCGUUCGGUUCGGGGACUUCAACACCCUAAGUGUACCGCUGCGAUUGCCGUCAGCCGUGUCUGGGACCGCGUAGCGUAACCGACUGUGACCCGAAAACGACAAGAUUCACCGUCCAGUAUGCACUCAAAAACAAUGAAAACACAGUGAUUUAGUUUGACACAUCCGGGUUUCCGUGAAAACGUCGGAUUCUUCAUCACGCACAGGACUUACGAAAUGUGCGAUGGUCGUUUCCUGAUGAACCAGAUGGCGCUUUUCAUGCAGUCGGAUAAAGCCCUCGCACUGGAUCAGGAUUCACGCUGGAUAUCCACAUAG